UGUUGGUCCUACCUUCCGUGUGUGAACUACCAUACUCGAAACGAAACAAUCGUUGCAUUUCUUCCGAGUCUUCCUUUGCUCGUCCACUCCGCUUUCUUGCUAUAUUUUCUCCACUAUACUGACUAUAUCUUUUCUGGCAAUAAUCACGAUCAAAGUGCAGGAUUCUCAAAGAUUGAAAUAUAUAUAUAUAUAUAUUUAUUGAAGCCGUCUAGGGGAGGAUUUGACCUGAAGAAGGCAAAAUUUUUCUUGUAUUUUGAAGAAAUAUCUUUUACUGCUCAACGAUAUUCUUGUGCAGAAGCACAAUAAAAGAUGGUGGAUGCUGUGGUUUCAGUGUUCUUGGAGAAGCUUCUUAAUGCUUUCCAGGAGGAGAGCCAAUAUCUGAGCAAGUUUAGAGAGCAAUUUGGAAGAUUGAAGAAUGAGCUGCUACUCAUGGAAAGCUUCCUAAAAGAUGCGGAUAGGCUCAAGAGGAAAAACCAGAUUCUUCGAAGGAUAAUGAUGUGUUUACGUGAUCUUAUAUAUGAAGCUGAAGAUAUACUGAUAGAUUGCCAGGCUAUACCAGUUCGCGCAAAUGGGGCUUCAAAGUUCGCUAGUCGUUUCUGUCCCUCAAAACUUCCACUUCAAUACCGAACGGGGAAGCGUCUAUGUGAGAUUAAUGAGAAAAUCAGAGACAUAAAACAAAAUAUUUCAUCCUAUCUGGGGGUGCCGCUUUUGAGUGAAACCCGUAGCAUGGAGACUCAUGACCAUCUCAUGUCCAGAUGGAGCUCACCAGUGUAUGAUCACUCCCAGGUUGUUGGUUUAAAGGAUGAUACUGAGAAGAUGAAGAAUUGGAUAUUGCAGUCAAAUGAUGGCAUCGUUUCCAUUGGAAUUGUUGGAAUGGGAGGAGUGGGGAAGACUACCAUUGCUCAAGAAGUCUUCAAUGACAGAGAGAUAGAGGACAGGUUUGAAAGAAGAAUCUGGGUCUCUGUUUCUCAAACUUUUACUGAGGAGCAGAUCAUGAGAAGCAUAUUGAGGAGCUUAGGGGAUGCAUGUGUGGGCGACAAUGAAAGUGAAUUAUUGACGAAGAUAAAGCAGUAUCUCUCAGGAAAGAGAUAUUUGAUUGUGAUGGAUGACGUCUGGAGUUUGGAUAAUACUUGGUGGCUUAGAAUAUAUGGCGGGUUGCCUCAAGGAAAUGGAAACUGUGUAAUUAUUACUACAAGAAUUGAGAUAGUUGCUCGGAAGAUGGGAGUGAGGGAAUCAAGGACUCAUUGGCCCAAAUGCCUCAAUGAGGACUAUAGUUGGUUACUGUUUCGUAAGAUAGCAUUUGCCGCAACUGGGGGUGAGUGUCGUCACUCUGAGUUAGAGGAUGUUGGGAAGGAGAUUGUUGAGAAGUGCAAAGGGCUUCCAUUAGCUAUUAAAGCAGUGGGAGGAGUGAUGCUGUGCAAACCACCUCAUUAUCAUGAAUGGAGACGAAUCUCAGAUCAUUUUCGUGAAGAAUUAGCUGAAAAUGAUAACUCUGUGAUGGCAUCACUGCAAUUGAGCUAUGAUGAACUCCCACCCUACUUGAAGUCAUGUUUCCUCUGCUUCUCAAUCUUUCCAGAGGAUUGUGUCAUCGAUAAAGAUCAAUUGGUUCAUUGGUGGAUUGGUGAGAGUUUCAUGCCUGUGAGAAACCAUAGAUUAUCAACUGAAGUUGGAGAAGACUGUUUCUCGGAGUUGACAAAUCGAUGUUUGAUAGAGGUGGUUGACAAGGCUUAUAAUGGUCGGAUCCAGACUUGCAAAAUACAUGACAUGGUUCGUGACUUGGUGAUUAGAAUUGCUGAAGAUGAUGCAUUUUCCAUUCCAUCUGAUGCUAACUGCCGCCAUCUUGGUAUUAGCAGUGACAUGAGUGCACGUAACCUGGCAGCUGAUCAAAGGUUGCGAGCACUGCUCACUACAACCAAGAUUGGUGAGGUAAACAAGAUUGGUUCAAAAUUGGCAAAGAGUUUCUGCAGAUGUUGCCAUCUGCAGAUACUCGAUCUUUCCAAAUCGAUUUUUGCAGCAUCGCUUUCAAGUUUGUUGGAUGAAGUAGGAACUCUCCAGCAUUUGACCUGUCUGAGCCUAAGCAAUACUCAUCCUUUAACCCAACUCCCAAUUUCACUAUCGAAGCUCCAAAAGCUGAAGAUUUUGGAUGUCAGUUAUUGCCAGAAUUUGAACAUGCUUCCAAGUUGUAUAGUAGCAUUUGAAAAGCUCGUGGUGUUGGAUGUCAGCAAUUGCGGUUCUCUUGAGUACCUGCCCAAAGGAUUAGGGAGGCUUUCCAACCUUGAAGUGUUAUUGGGCUUCAAGCCUGCUAUGCCAGUCGAAUGUGGAGGUUGUCGCAUUGCUGAACUGAAAAGCCUGUCAAGACUGAGAAGAGUAGAUUUAAGGCUUACUCAUGGUGAUGAGAUUGGAAAUGACGAGGUUGAUGCAUUAGUAAAUCUCCAGGAACUGCAAUUCUUAACACUGAACUUCUUUGAUAGUCAUGAUGAUGAUCUUUUUUUGAAAAUCAACAAACUUCUCCCUCCUCGACAACUGCAUGAGCUGAGUUUUAAAUUUUAUCCUGGGAAAAUAAGUCCAGAGUGGCUGAACCCCAGGUCGCUUCCUAUGUUGAGGUACCUGUCCAUUGUUUCUGGAAGCCUCGCAAAAUUGAAUGAUAGCUUCUGGGGCCUUGGAAAUAUGGUAUGGAGAAUUGAGGGCUUAAAAUUUGAAGCUUUAUCAGACUUGAAUGAGGAAUGGUCAAUGAUGCAUCAAGCCAUGCCAUCCCUGAAAAUACUGAAUGUGAGCUGGUGUCCUGAGCUAGAGUCUUUCCCAAUUGAAGAUGCUGGAUUUAGAGGAGGGGUUUGGAAGAAGGAAGAGCAAAGGAGCUAGCAAGACUUAAAAGGUGCAAUACAAGUAACAACAGUUCUUAUACAGUCCCAGCACUGAUUGAAUAAGCUCUUGCAUGUCAUCAUGGUCCUUGCCAUUGAAGUGUUGCAUUUCAUCACUUUGCUUCGGGAUUGGUUCAUAACCCAUUCCUCCAAUGUUACAAAACUCCGUGCUUCUUGGAAGGGGUGGUCGAAAUAAGCCGCGGCUGCGCCUUCCUUCGGUGGGAAAUUCUUCUCUUUUUGAGUUGGGCUCCUAAAACCGGGCUUUAACAACUCUCGCCAGUUCCCUGAGGCCCUGAUUUUGAUUUAAGGGAGUUUCUUUAUUUUUCGGCCUAGAGCUAUUCAGCCUCGUUACCUUUUUUAUCCGCAAACUAUUAUAUAUGGAUUGGGGUGUUUCAGUCCCCCCAUCUAUGCCCCAAUCUCCACCGUGAAAAUGUCCAACUAAUAGGAGAUUAUGUUUUGUUGUAGGCCCUUAUUUUUUCACAAGAUAGUCUGCUAAUUGCUUGAUAUAUUUAAAUUCCUACCACAUGAUUUAUCUAAUACUUUCUAAAAUAGGGUGGUCAACUUUCCUUGUAGUAAUUUUUUUCCCUCCCUAGGCAACAC